AUGUCUUCUCUUCCUCCUCAGCAGUUCCUCCCUCUCACCCCUCCUCCCAAGUCGAACUUCUUGUCUCUGGCCCCAGCCACUUCUCCUUCAUACCCUCAGAAGCCCGCUUCCCGCGCACACACUCGUCCUGCUCCUCGACGAUCCUCGACUGAGUCCUCAAGCUCCAGCUCUGGCUCCAACACCUACCGCAUUCUCAAGCUUGGACCCGUCCACUAUGGCGAGCACGCUGGCGAGCACAACCAUGACUUCCAUGAUGUGAUCCUUCACUAA